AUGCCGCCGGCGGACUUGGAAAUAGACGAUUCUUUGCAUCUUUUGCGUUUGGUAACACAUCGUGAAUUUACACAUCAUUUAGAAUCGCUUCCAGGUAAGAAAAUUAAGGGGUACUACGAUAAAUGAAUAUCCAAAGUCUCAAAGGCAUUUUUUGUAAAGUAAAACUCAUGACUAUAAAUCUAGAACAUUUUUUUGUCUUGAAAAUGAAUAUUCUCAGGAGCCAAGGAAUUAUUUAUCGAUAAAUGUCUUCUUCGACCAAUCGAUAAUGUUGCCACAUCAUCAGAUAUGAAAAAACACGGAGUGAAACGAAUCGUUCAAUUCAAAUUAGAGCAAUCACCUCAAGCAUGGAAUAUUGAUGUAGAUCAUCGUGUAUUUUUUCUGAGGCCAACUAUUGAAAAUGCGACAAAAUUGGUCGAAUUUGCUGAGGAAACAUCAAAAGGUAUUUUGUUUUCGAAUAGUUUUGCAGAAAAAAAAACAUCGAGAAUGUUUCAGAACAUUCAUUGGCUGUAAUUUGGUGUAAUCGUCGAAUGGAACAAUGUGAUAUAGUUUUCGAAUCAGCUGGUGUUUUUGGACAAAUUCGACAACUUGAGAUAAAUAUGUGUCUGCUACCAAUUGAAAAUGAUUUAUUCUCACUUCAACAUUCCGAAAAUGCACAACUCGAUCUAUUUUCGGUUGCAAACAUUUUUGUAGCUCUUCAGAAUUUAUACGGUGUUAUUCCAACAGUUUAUGGAUUAGGAUCGGAAACAAAAAAGUUAUGGAAUCUUGUUCAUCGAAUUUGCUCAAAAAAUGAACCAAGAGCAAGACCAGAUCAACCAAUAAGUCAUCUUUUUGUAUUCGACAGACAAUUGGAUCCAAUGCCUGUUUUAUUAACAGGUGCUUCUUACGAAGGAUUACUUCAUGAAUUUUUUACAAUUGAUUGUGGUAAAUUAUCAUUUCCACACGAUAUGAGAAGACAUAUUCCGAUUGGACCAUUAGAUUUUGAUUGGAUUGAAAUCGAUCCAGAAGAAGAAAAAGAAGCGAUGAACAAAAAUCGAGGUGAUACUGUGAAAUUAGACAAUUGUGAAGAUAUUUUCGCAUCAAUUCGAAAUAAACAUGUUACUGCAGCUUUGGAAUUUCUUCACGCGAAAGCAAAAUCGAUUCAAAAAAGUAUUGAAAAAUCAGCAAUGAUUGAAGAAGUUGCUGAUUAUCGGAAUUUUGUUGAGAAAGAUCUUCGAUCUCUUAAAUCAGAUCAUAAACAUUGUGAACUUCAUAUAAAUGCAUGUGAAAUGAUGAUGAAUAAAGUGAAAAUGGAAGAUUAUAGAACAAGAUUCAAAUUAGAACAUGAAAUGUUGCUUGGAACAUGUACAAAUGAAGAUUAUUUCGAUUUUGUAUUCGAAAGAGUUCCAAUGCGAUCUUGUCAUGAUGUUGUUAUUUCAAUGAUGUCAUUAGCUAGUAUUAAAUUAGAUGGUUUGCCAGAUGAUACUUAUGAUGAAUUUGUCGAAAUGCAUUUGCAAAAAUACGGGUAAGUUUAACUUAAUAUUAACUAAAAAGAUAUAUUAUAUUCUAAAUUCAGAUACGAAUCACUUUUCGAGAUCCAAAAUUUGAAAAAUUCCGGAAUAAUUUAUGCAAAACGACACGGAACAAGAAAUAGUUCGAAAACUUGGGAAAAUCUUGCUCGCCGUUUCAAAAUUGUCAAAGGAAAUGAAACAAUGGAUAUGUCAAAUCCAUCUGAUAUGAGCUAUGUUUUUGGAGCCAGAAUUGCUCCAUUAUUGUGUAAAAUUGUUCAAGAUACGAUGGAAAAUGGAUGGAACAAAUUAGAAUACGAAAGGAUUGUUGGUAAGAUUUAAAUGAAAGAUUUCAGAAAACAUUUAAUUUUUUCAGGAAAAGAUAAUGUUCUUGUCGAAGAAAAUAGUUAUAUUGCGGCGGAUCGCCGACCAGAUAAUCGAAUGCGGAAAGCUAUUAUGGUAUUUCUAUUAGGAGGUGUAACUUAUUGGGAAGUUGCUGCUUUACGGUAAGAAUAUUGAUUAGUAGACAAAUUUGAAAAUUACUCAGAAAUAAUUUUCAGACUUUUGGCAGUUCAGAAAAACUUUCGUAUUUUGAUUUGUGCCACACAUAUUGUCAACAAAUCGGAAUAUUUGCAAACAAAAGCAAAUGAUGUUUCAUCAAUUUUUAGUUAA